UCGGCGCGGGGCGGGCCCUUUCAGCGUCCGGCAGUCCGUUUCCCCCACCCCCAUCCUGCCCCCCUUUAGCUUCCUGUAUCGCCGGCUCUUUAAUGAAACCAACGAGAGGACACCGCCGACGUCUAGAGCAGCCUGGUCAGGAGCCUAACUGAGGGGCCGGUGGACGUGAGAGGAAAGCCGCCGCGUAAGGCUGUGCUUCCCUGCCCUUGAGCCAUUCUAGACGCGGAAACAUGCUUUCAGAAAGCAGUUCAUUUUUGAAGGGUGUGAUGCUUGGAAGCAUCUUCUGUGCCUUGAUCACUAUGCUAGGCCACAUUAGGAUUGGUCACGGAAACAGAACACACCAUCAUGAGCAUCACCACCUGCAAGCUCCUAACAAAGAAGAUAUCUUGAAAAUCUCAGAGGCUGAACGCAUGGAGCUUAGUAAGAGCUUCCAGGUAUACUGUAUUGUUCUUGUAAAACCCAAAGAUGUGAGUCUUUGGGCUGCUGUAAAGGAGACUUGGACCAAACACUGUGACAAAGCAGAGUUCUUCAGUUCUGAAAAUGUUAAAGUGUUUGAGUCAAUUAAUGUGGACACAAAUGACAUGUGGUUGAUGAUGAGGAAGGCUUACAAAUACGCUUUUGAUAAAUACAGAGACCAGUACAACUGGUUCUUCCUUGCACGCCCCACUACUUUUGCUGUUAUUGAAAAUCUAAAAUAUUUUUUGUUAAAAAAGGAUCCAUCACAACCUUUCUAUCUAGGACACGCUGUAAAAUCUGGAGACCUUGAAUAUGUGAGUGUGGAUGGAGGAAUUGUCUUAAGCAUAGAAUCAAUGAAAAGACUCAACAGUCUUCUCAAUGUUCCUGAAAAGUGUCCUGAACAAGGAGGGAUGAUUUGGAAGAUAUCUGAAGAUAAGCAGCUAGCAGUGUGCCUGAAAUAUGCUGGAGUAUUUGCAGAAAAUGCAGAAGACGCCAAUGGAAAAGAUGUAUUUAAUACCAAAUCUGUUGGGCUUUUCAUUAAAGAGGCAAUGACUAACCACCCAAACCAGGUAGUAGAAGGAUGCUGUUCUGAUAUGGCUGUUACUUUUAAUGGAUUGACUCCUAAUCAGAUGCAUGUGAUGAUGUAUGGGGUGUACCGGCUUAGGGCAUUUGGACAUAUUUUCAAUGAUGCAUUGGUUUUCUUACCUCCAAAUGGUUCUGAGAAUGACUGACAAAAAGCAAGAAUAUGCAUUUGGUAACCACAUUAAGACAUGUUAUCAUGGUUUCUAAUUGAUAAUGCAUCUAACAUGGUAGUGUGUUCCUUUUUUUUAUCUGGUUAUGCUGGUAUAAUCACACAUUGAAGUCUACCUGUACAUUUUCAAAUGGAAUGGUAUUUUUCCCUUAAAUCACUUGUGAGAAAUUUUAAUGUGUUAGAAAUAAAAGUUUUAAGAAUA